UGCCAAACUAAAUAAAAAUUUUCUAAAAAUUUUUCUUCAUAAAUUUUUUUAUUCGACAAUGGAGGCUUCUGAUUUAUUAUUUAUCAAUGAAUCGUUUCGUCUAGCACAAGAAGCUUAUGAUCUACAAGAAGUUCCUGUUGGUUGUGUUUUUGUUUUUGAUGGUUUAAUUAUUGGAAGGGGACAUAAUGAAGUGAACAAACAUGCUGAAUUUGUUGCUAUGGAUCAAGCAAAUGAUUGGUGUUGUCAAAAUGGAACAGAUUUUCAAGAGGUUAUGGAACAAACAACCGUUUAUGUUAGUUUAGAGCCUUGUAUCAUGUGUUCAAGUGCCCUUUAUCAAUUAAAAAUUAAAAGACUUUUAUUUGGGGCAAAAAAUCUUCGUUUUGGUGGAAUUUUAAGUGUUGCUAGUAAUAAAGAUUAUGGACAUGAACACGAAAUUGAGUUAGUACCAGAAGUGUGUACAGAAAAAUCAAUUUCUUUAUUGAAAAAAUUUUAUGAUAGAGAAAAUCCUUUUGCUCCUCUUGAUAAAAGAAAAGUUAAAAUGGAAAUUUUGUAG